CGGAAGCAGCGCUGCCUUGCUUUGUUUUGGUUUUGCUUUUGUAAGUGAUGGAUCGUGAUGGGUAGCUAGCUAGUCAGAGGAGAGCAAAAUCGGCCAGUGUGUCCGCUGUACAGUGUUUAUUUGAAACACCAUUUUCAUCAUCGUACUCCGUUUUCCACGGCAGCGUGAAAGUCCCGUCUCGGAGUGAAAAGAAAAGUCCCCCCAGGCCGCCGUUUGCGCAGCGUUUUUUCGCUUUUUUUCGGGAUAGUACCGUGUUUGUGCGUGCGUGCGUGUGUGUGUCUGUGUGCGCGUGUCUCCGUGUGUGGUGUAUGUGUUUGGAACCGGGUGAAAAGCCACCUUUUCCAAUUUACCUGCCUAACCACACUCACCAAAUCCCCAAAUCGACACACCAGCCAGCCACCAGUGCGCCAUUGCCCGUUUUGGCCGAUUGCAAGCCUCGUCGUCACGCCGUCAGCAGGCAAGCAGCCACUCCGUUCUGUCACCCAGUGUGCGUCGCCAUCUCGUCGAGCAGCAGCAGCAGCAGCACGGACGCGUCCAUGUGUGCGUACGUGCGUUGAUAAAAUUGGCUAUUUACGCUUGCCCGAAUCGACGACGGGGGGUCUCGAUCCUGUCGAAAGCGCAGCACAGUUUCCUAGCAUCGGGAAGCUGUCGUGUUCACAACCCAUCCAUCGGUAGCAGCCGCAGCCUCGACCAUCGUCGGUUCGCAUCGACGGUUCCGAGGUGGCAUCAGUGGAGCGAUAUAGUGGAGCGUCCGUCGACUAACGGCCCCCGACAGCAGGGAUCUGCACUGUUGCGUCGCAGAUUUGGCCCAAACCACCGCCACCAGCACCAGCCGCUAGAGCGACGAUAUCCGGCACUCCCGAGAUAGAGUAGCAGCAGCAGCAGCAGCACCAUGGUAGAACGCAUUGUGGAGGAGUGUUGCGACGUGAAUUCCGAUCCAACCCGCAAAACCGAUGUCGCACGGUACAGCAGCGAGGAGGUGUCGGGCAACGAGUCCACCGAGGCACGCAUGCUAUCCGAAGCCGAACGGCAGGCCGACUUCAACCGGCACAAGGAGGAGAUGAAGCGCAAGCGGCGCCGAAAGAAACGCACCAGCUCAUCGAUGCAGUCGUCAUGUUUUCAAGAGCUGUACAAGCUGACUGGCGAGGUGCUGGGCGAGGGUGCGUACGCGUCGGUCCAGACGUGCAUCAACAUCUACACCGAGCUGGAGUACGCGGUGAAGAUCAUCGACAAAAUACCGGGGCACGCGCGCGGCCGCGUCUUCCGCGAGGUGGAAACGUUUCACCACUGCCAGGGGCACCCGAACAUCUUGCAGCUGUUAGAGUUUUUCGAGGAUGACGAAAAGUUCUAUCUAGUGUUCGAGAAGAUCAACGGCGGGCCGCUGCUGACCCGCAUCCAGGAGAACGUCUGCUUCUCCGAGUACGAUGCGGCGCAGAUCAUCAAGGAGAUCGCGUCCGGGCUGGACUUUCUGCACAAGAAGGGCAUCGCCCACCGGGACCUCAAGCCGGAGAACAUCCUGUGCGUCUAUCCGGACAAGCUGUGCCCGAUCAAGAUCUGCGACUUCGAUCUCGGCUCCGGGAUCAAGUUUACCACCAACAUCUCGUCGCCGAACGCCACGCCGCAGCUUUUAACACCGGUCGGUAGUGCCGAAUUUAUGGCACCGGAAGUUGUCGAUCUGUUCGUCGGUGAGUCGAACUACUACGACAAACGAUGCGACCUGUGGUCGCUGGGCGUGAUCGCGUACAUACUGCUGUGCGGCUAUCCGCCCUUCUCGGGCAACUGCGAGCAGGACUGCGGCUGGAACCGGGGCGAGAACUGUCGCACCUGCCAGGAGCUGCUGUUCGAGUCGAUCCAGGAGGGCCGGUACUGCUUCCCGGACAGCGAGUGGCAGGACGUGAGCGAGGAGGCGAAGGACCUGAUCCGGGGGCUGCUGGUGAAGGAGGCGCCGAAGCGCCUGAGCGCCACGGCCGUCCUGAACCAUCCGUGGAUUCGCAUCAGCGACGAUACGGAGUGUGCGGUCGGUGGUAUCAACUCGAAGGCGAACAAGGAGAAGCAGCGCCGCCGGGUGCUGAAGACGCCUGGUGUAAUUCGACGAAACCAAUCUGCGCUCGAGUUGUCCCACUUUGCCGAAUCGGCCAUGGCGGUCAAGCGCGUCAUCAUGCAGCACUUUUCCAUGCGCUACGACUAUAUGGCGAAGGAGCGUCCCAACAUCUAUCAACCGUCGUACAAUGGCAGUGUGGAGCCGGCGGCAAAGCCCACCGAGACCGUGCUACCGACGCUGGUGGUUGAGACAGGGAACGCACAGCCGCCGAACAGCAGCAGCAGCAGCAGUGAUGUUGUGAAACCGUUUGUGCCGCGAACGGAAGAACCUAAUGGAGUCUGUGAUGAAGAUGAACUGUGUAAGGAACGGGACGAAGGGAUGGGAAUACAACCAAUGACCACAAACCACGUUGAGACGGGAAAGGAAUGGGAAAAGGAUGAGGAGAAGAAGAAGGAGCUUAUCAGAGGUAGCUACCAAAACGUUUCCAUCGAUAGCCAGAACAUGGUAGCGGCGGCGGCCGGAGUAAAGGUGCCGACCAUCACGAUUGCCCCCGUUGCCGCCGGUAACGCCGAUGUGGCGGUGGGAGCUGCAACUAUCGAAAUAGUUGUGAACAGUACGUCUUCCGGAAGCGAGGGUGAUUGCACCUUCUCCAGCAAUACUAUUGCCGCGGGCCGCAGCGGAUCCGAUGAACGGGGCAGUAUUGUUGGUAGCGGCGGCGAAGCGGAGCGGAAGGAUUUUCCGCAGCAGGAGAAUACGAGUGACAAAGAAUUGCAAAGUUCUGAUCCACCGAAAAACAAUGCUGCCGGCGGUGGCGCACGUGAUGAUGAUGAUUCUGUACUGACUGGUGGUAAAGCCGUGGCCGAGGCUCGUGCGGAUGAAGCGCCGGAGAAGGAGCUGGAGAAGGCGAAGGAGGUGGUAGUGGUGGAAUUGUCUCCACAAUCGUCCACGCUCUCCUCCCCGGUGCGCAGUAUCGUCGGCUCGAAGGCAACCGGCGGCCCGAGGAAGGCCAGCAACGGUUGGGAUAUUCCGCCCGAGUCGAACUGGCGGUACCGGGGCGAGCAGCAGCAGCACCAGCAAAGUCCUUCCUCGUACGAGUACAACAGUCGCAGCCAGCACGCGCACGGCUACAAGUACGGUAGCUCGGGCUUCGGGUCGAGCUACAAGGGCGGCCGCAGCGGUCACUACCACUCACACCCGCAGCACCACCAACACCAUCACCAUCAUCACAACAAUGUGCAUUACAGUAACUAUCACCAUCAUCACAGCAGCAACCACCACUCGCAUCCACCGAUGUCGUCGACGGGGUCCUACCGGCAGCAGAAUGGAUCCGGCCAUCACCACGCCGGGUCGCACGGCGGCCACUACGGUAACAGCCACGGCAACCAUAACUACAGCAAUGGCAGCAGUAUUGCGCCUCGGUACGGACGCAUCGUGCGAGCAGGCGCCACCAAUAACGAACCAUUCGAUGGUGGCUUCGAGGGCCGAUCGGGCAUGAUGGCGAAGCAGCAGCGCCAUUCGUCGCAGCAGCAGCAGCACUAUCCGUACAGCCACCAUCCUAAUAACGGUUCGUCGUCGUCGUCGUCGGCUUCGCUGACGUCCUGGCGUGCCCAACCGUCGCCGGCGUACGGAAGCAAUCAGCACCGGUACGGUGACGCGGCCGGAACCGGCGACGAGGCGGAAAUCUACCAUCGGUACCACAAUGGCAACAACAAUAGCAGCAGCAAUGGCGAGGGUGGCGGCAUGCUGACUGCGUCGCAGUCACACUACGGCAACGGGAAGAUCACCACCAACCCGAAUAACUUUAAUCACCAUCAGUACAAUCGCGGAGGAACCAAUAAUAAUGUUAAUAAUAAUACUAGCAGCGUUAGUAGCAGCGGAGGAAGUAGUCAUCAUCCGGCAAGGAUGAACGGGGGCAACACCAGUGGCCAUCCAAGUCAGUACCACCAUCAGCAGCAGCAGCAGCAGCAGCAGCAGAACCAUCAGUACCAUCACUACGCAGGAGUGAACAAUAAUAAUGGCUCGAACCAUUACUAUCACAAUGGCACCGGACGGGGAGGCGAUGGUGGUGGUAUGGGACAUUACAACAGCAGCAACAAUAAUCAUCAUUACGGUGCUGGCAAUGGUCAGGGCGGCCAACAGCAGCAAAAAUCGAUGCCAUAUCGUGCGGUGGUGGUGCAGCAUCAUCACCAGCAGCAUCAGCAGUACCAAAAUCAACGCUAUGCUUCACCAUCGUCCUACGGUGGGAUGCGACGCCCCACGCAGAGUCUGAUGAUCGAUGCGGUCGACGGUGCCGGCAUGAAAGGAGCGGCGGCCGGUCCGAGACGCGCCAGCGCUGGUCAGCAGCAAUCAUCACUACCAAUGCAGCGGGCGUCUCCACCGCAACAGUCGCAGCAGCAGCAGCAGCAGCAGCAGAGUAGGAGUAAUGUUAACUGUGAUCCAACUACAAAUACUAUGAAUAGAUAUAAGCUUUAUCAUUCUAACUCGACCACGAUCCUGAGCGCCCUCAAGCGGGAAACGCGCAACUACGGCUACCAGUCGAUGAUGGUCGGUGGCUUCGAGGGCCUGAACCUGAACGGUGGCGAUCACUACCAACCGGCCGACGAGGGCGAAGAGGCAAUGCUGGAGGAACCUCCGUUCCACCUGAUACCGCGGCGCAACGACGAGACGGAGCAGCAGCAACAGCAGCAGCAGAAGCUGCAGCAGCAGCAGGAUGCAAUCGACAACAUCGACGAGGGCGUUUACAGCAGCAGCUCGAGCAGCAACACCAGCAGCCACAGUGGCAACAGCAUCAUCAGUGGCAACAUAGCCACCACUACGGUGGCCGGGUUCGGCGGCACCGGCGGCUCGGGCAUCCUUGCCGAGCUAGCGAUGGCCGACGGGCUGCCGGUCGGGCUUUCGCCACCGAACGAAAGCUUGCUAAUGCAGCGCCGCCUGUCGCUCAAGUCGCGCAGCCUCUGUCUGCCGGUCACGAUCGGUAAGGCAUCGCCGGCGCCGCCACCACCACCACUGGCCAUCAUGCCCGCCACGGUGAAGAUGGUCCCUUCGUCGGGCGGCGAGUUUGAGGAGUGCACCACCAACGGCCACCAGCAGCGGGAGGAGGAACCGUCGCCACUGUCCUCUCCGGAGCAGCGCAGCGACGAGGAGGUGGGAGUAGGAGGCUGCCCAAUCUUUGCGGCCGCGCGCCAUGAUGCAGAAGGAUACUAUCCGUACUAUCCGCGCAAUGGUAGGGUCGGCACGACCGGCGUUACGACGACGCCAACGCUAACCAUUACUACGCACAGUGGCUAGGAGGAGGGGGAGAGGGAUGUACGUGUGCUCCCCGGGGGACGAUUCGCCAUCACUGUCGUCCCGUUUUCUACUUCUUGCUUUUUUAACCAUCAGCCUGCAAACGACAGUGGACGGCGGAGCAGGGAAAGAUGAACGAAUGUGGAGACAUGCUUUGUUUCCCGACUUUGUUCACUCUUUUCUUCUCCCACCGUCGCUGGCGCGUUACUGAACCGGUUUGAUUUGAUGCAUGCCUUGCAGAGUGCACCUUGCCCCAACCCGCCGCAUGCUUUGUUUUUGUCAACUGGCAUUCUGUUUUGGAAUGCGGCGUACAAUUUGAUUGUGCAAAUAAAUUUUGGAAGAUCCCAUUGUGUGAACCAACCGAUAGGAUCGGAUGUAUAAUGUUUAGAUUGUUUAACUACGUCUUUAGGUCAUCCCAACCAUCUUAAUUGGGUUUCAGACUGACACAAAAUCUUUGAUGCUAUACGGAUAGAGUAACUAUUUACCGUAAAGAGAGAGAGAGAGAUGGAGAGAGAAAAAACGUUAUUGUGGGUUCGUUUGAAGGAAGAGUGGAAGAAUGUGGGAGUGUGUGUGUAGUGUAGUGUAGCGAGAGGAGAGAAAAGCUUCUAUUGUGCUGAGAUUUCGAUAAUGCAAUAAAGGGAAGCGAAGCAAAGAGCACAGUCGGGAAUAAUAUUGUAAACAGGAUAGAUAUUAGAGGACAUCGUGAUAUCUUUACCUGUAUUUGUACACACCACGCACACAGGCCAAGCAUCGAUACUUUUGUAUUUAAUCUUUUUUUUUGUACUUUACACUUUUUUUAAACAAAAUUCUUGUUUUCUCCUCGCGUAUCAAUUUGUACUGGAAACUAUCACACAAAAUUGGUGGAAUAUUUGCAGAGAGUAAAGGAAAAAAGCAAAAUACUGCGAUUACGGGAAUUGUUUGAAUUUGGAAAUUGAAUCGAAUUGGAAUACGAAAAAUACAUACGCGUAUCUGUGGACUAUUUUUCCCCCCUUAUAUUGUUUUGUUUUUGGUUUGCUCUCGCAAGCGUAUACUAAAAUAUACCUGAGAGUAUAGUAGUUGUUAGUAAAUAUCAUUCGAACGAACGACACGAUAAAACAAGGGAUGUUGCUCCAGUUGUGCAGUCGAAUGCGGGCAGUGCCCUAGGGGUUGUAGAAAUAAUGGUUAGCGUUGCAAGCGUCCGUCGUCCCCAUAUAGUGUUAGCAUUGGAUAAGGUCCUACCAGGUAGGUGGGUCUACCAGAUCGUGGUCGAAAAUUACUAUACAAAAAAACGAAAAGCGAAAAGAGCAAACUUUGUCAAACGCGCAUACACUCGAAAAGGAACCAUCCAAACUGUCGAAAACAAAAAGAGAAAGAGAGAGAGAGAGAGAGAGAGAGAGAGAGAGAGAGAGAGAGAGAGAGAGAGAGAGAGAGAGAAGAAAACAAAACAAACUCAAAACGAAAGCCGCCGCCUCCUUCUGCACACUCCUCUCCGCCUGUGCUGAAAACAGGGGUACGCGCACGAUGUUGCUACGCUCAGAGUGAUUCGUGUAUUUCGAGACGAAACCGUCGGCGCUGCUGCGUAGCUUUAGAGGACGCGCUAUGUAGAGUGGUGCGCAACCAUUUUUUGUUUGUUUUUGUUUGCGCACAUAUCUCUCCCGUUUGUCUGUCGGGCGACUACCGGUUGGCUGCAAGAAGCGGUCGGUUUAUUUUUACUCUUUUUUUUUGGAGCAAUGCGUUGCUUGUGCACGCGCGUGCCCCAGCUUCUCGCAAGUAGUGUGGAAGUAGUAGCGUGUGGCGCAUAGUAGCAGUGUAGUGUAAUGGCCACAGGGGGCGGGAAGUUACAAGAGACAUACACGCUGGGCGGUGAUGUGAUGUGAUGAGCGAGAGGGAGGCGCAGCAGGAACACAACCACGAACCUACCUUCUUUAUGUGAGCGCGGGGAGCACAGGCCCUUGAGGAUGUGAAUACCGCGAACGCGACAACACGAGAGCAGUAGAGGCAGAGUGUCGACUAGUGAUGAGAACGACAAGUGAAGUGAAGUGUUGUAAUCCUUAAGAAGAACAAAACAUAAAAAAGCGGCACUAAAACAUGGCAGAAAUAGGGGAAAAGGGAACAGGGAAAGCCCGAAACCCGACAAACAAAAACAAUAUUGGGAAAGCACAUGCUCUCGCAAUAUUGACAUCGACGGCAAAAGGAGAGAGGUGUCCGUUAAUUCCUGUACGCGAACUUCACCAUUCUCCUCUUCCAUUGUUGGGUAGAUGUUGCUACAUUUUUAAAAAAGAACACUGUUGUACAACCCGUUUUGACCAUGCGUGUUGUACUGCAACGCUGUGUGGGUGCUUUUCUUUCUUUCUUUUUUUAUUUUUUAUUGUACAGUGUACAUCUUUUUUGUUGUUGUUUUAAAUGUUAAAGUAAAAAAGGAACGAAGGAAGAAACGCGCAAAAAAUGAGCGAUUUUUUUUUUGCAGUGUGAAGUUGUUGGGAAGAACUUUAAAAGUGCUUGAUUUUUCUUCGGGAAAAAAGCGAUACAAAAGUUUGAAUGAUGUUGUUUGUGAACUUUUAGCGUCCAGCUAAGGAAUGAUGCGUAUAAGGUAGCAUCAUGUUGAUGAUAUUUGCAUAAGCUUUGCUAAUGAUGCUGUAUGUUAUUAGCAGCUUGAAACCCCUCAGGAGGCGUGAGGUUAUUUUUUGUGAGAAAUAUAUUGUUUUUUUACCCUAAUGAAUUUUUUUAAAAUGAAAAUGUAAACCAAACCCCCAACAGCAACGGCAUUUUGCAUUUGAACCUUUUUUUUAAUUCUUUUUCUAAAUCACUUCUUUUGUGAAUUAUCAUCCAGUGUGGAUGAUGAAGAAUCGAACACUUCCUCUCCCCGUAACUUACACUUACUCACUCACUCACUCACAUCAUUAAUUGUUAAGAUAACUGGUUUUUUCCUCAUCUUAACGUCUAAAACAUUCGCUUUCCCUUUUCCUAAAUGGGCUUAUACUACUAUUGUUUUCCCUAUCACAAACAACGCCGUUCUAGUAUUAAGAAGUUUCUAACGAACGAGAACUUAGAAGAUCGGGGAGAGAGAGAGAGAUAUAGAGUGAGAGAGGGAGAAUAAGAAGCAUCUCCAAAAACACCACCAUCAAUGAAAGAGUGAAAAUAAGAGCAGCAUACGUGUGUGCGAGGUUUAACUCGCAGCAAUUAAGAAGCAAUAUACGAAGUAAUCUUACAUGAAGACGAAAAUCAGUAGCCCGUAGCAACCCCCUUUACCCCGUACUUCCGUUGCAACCGGGUCGGUUGCAGUAGGCGGGCCAGAACGCACACGACUGGGGCGGGAGAAACGCACAUACAGGACAAUGGUGUUUGUGUGGUUCAGUUGUGGUAAACAGAACGGCCAAUUACACUUCCCAUCUUUUGUGUGCCUGUGUGCCGAUCUAAGUAGCCCUCCCGUGCCCGGAUACAACAACCUCUUAUCCUAUUCUCCCACUGUCUCCUAUUUCAUCUUCUCCCAUUGGAUAAUAAUAGUAUAAGCAAACCUACAAAGCGAAAACAAACUCCCCCUAAACAUGCGCUUCUACAUUCAAACAACGCGAAUACUUGUACCAUACCAAACAAAAUGGCUCUUUGUUCUGGCUUGUAUUACUAGUAACGUGCGCGAUUAUUGAGUUUAACAAAAAAGGGCAAAAAGAAACAAAAACAAGUAGGUGCAAAAACAAAAGGAAGCAACAAAACACACAAAAACAUUUGCUACAGAGACAUUGCUUUAGAAAAGUAUUAUGUCGCAAAAAAAUGAAGAAAAAAAAACACAAAAGACUGGUCUUAACACAAAAGCAGGAGAGAAAGCUACGAGAGAAAUGUGAGAGAGGAAGAUGGAAAAUGGUGUUACAAAAAUCAUAACAAAAAAAAAAACUACCGAUGAAGAGGAAGGUGUGUGGCCCCGUAAAUAUUUCGUGAUGCGUGAUAAGGGUGAUUGGCAGCGAUUCGUUUGGGGGAAAGUAAAUGAAGUAGAACGGGCGGGGGCGUAUACAAAAUACACAAAAUUGAUAGGGUUUUGCUUUGGUUUUUAUUUUGCUAGUAAAAAAACACAUAAGGUUACAAGAAGUGUUGCAAAAUUUGGGAAAUUAGAAAGAGAAAAGGAAAAGACGAUGAGUAGCUAAAACAAUAGAAAAUGAUUAGCAGAAAUAAUAAUUGGUAGCAAAGUUACAACUAUUUUUGGCGUAAUAUUAGUGCGGUAAUAUACAUUGAAAUUAUGUUUGUUUUAGUUUGGUCAAAGAAACGAAAGUAACGAGAAAUUAUACAUGCACAAGGAAAACACCAUUUGGAGAUCGUACUCAAACAACAAUAACAACGAAAAGCUACAAAAAUCACAUGACCCACAAACACAAGUUGGCGAACAAUGAAGCGAAAUGCAGAAGAAAAACGCUCAACAGCCACACAGCCAAGAUGAGUGAGAUAUGGAGAAAGGAAAGGUGGUACGCAAGAAAACAACAACAUGUAUGUUUUGCGAGCAUUUGUUUAUUUUUGUUGGUUUGAUUUUUUGUUUAAAUCAAGAGUGAUAAGUGACAAGCAAGACGGAAGGAGAAAAAAAGCCCCCCAAAACUUAUGUCGUGUAGAAGGGGUUCAGGAAUACAGGAAAGGCCAAACGCAAAGCAAAGAACUAACGCAAUGGUACAAUACACAAACACAAACCCAGUAAGUGGAGUAAAAACAAAAACAAAAACAAAAACAAAAACAAAAAACAAAAACAAACAAAAAAAACACGAAAGACGUGAAAAGCAUUGAACAUUUAAUGUUAAGGGGGGGUAAUCACUAUUAGGAUUUCCCCCCUGCCUAACCCUCCAAGAAAGUUAAUCGAAGAAGAGAAGAAAAAAACACUCAAGAAUAACAAACAGGAAGAAAAUGAAAAUGAAAAGGAAAGAUACACAAAAAAAAGAAACAAAACCACUAGAAGAGAAAAAAGAAAGAAAAAAAGAAACGAGAGAAGUAUAUAUUUUUAUGAAUUAUAAAACAAAAAAAACACAACACAAGAAAACAAUUUGAAAAGAAACAGCACACUAAACUUUCCCAAACGGUACCCCACAGUAUAAGUAAGGGAGUGAAAGAGGGUGGCGUGAUGUUUUUGUAGGGAGAAAAUACAUACACUCACACACACACGCA